CAUUCGGGUCAAGCUUCGCCACUAACCGCAGGUAUAGCGGUACACCGAGCAUCGCUCUGUUUCCCCUAACUUUCCGUCAAGUCAGCAGCGGUGGUGGUAUCAGCAUUGUAGGGCGUUGUUGCAAACCUGGCGGGCGGAACAGUCAUGACGCCGGCAUCCCACGGCGGUAAGCGAGGAGAACAGUGACGUGGUGAUGUUGGCGUUGACAGUCACCGGUGGCGAAGAAACAUCCGGUGAUCUAGAACUUUUUCCAGUAAAGUCGACUUAAUGUCGGUGGUACCUUGGUGACUAUUGGCAGCCUGAGGGUUUAACAAAGAGAAAUAGCAGAAACCAACCCCUUUCUAUUCUACAUACGAAAUACCUAAAGUGCCCUUUGUUGUUGUUAUACAGAGUAAUUUGUAAGGUGAAGUCUCGUUCGUUCUGGGCCACAAAAGCAAGCAAAUCCAUCAUCAUCGGUCACAAUUGCUUGCUGCUAAUCCAAAUCUACCAAACAACAACUCACUCAACUUCACAAUUAUGCUCAAAUCGGCGCUAACUUGUUGUAAAGUUUACAUAUCCGAGACACGGAACAAGUCUGCUCUGGAGUCCAUCGAACGAGCUGCCAAGCUAUUUCCCGAUGCCCCCAUUGUCAACAAGUUUGAAGACCACACUUACAACAGAGUAGGAUACACACUCGUCUCCAAAUCCUCAGAUUCUUCUUCGAAGAAUGCAGCAGUUUUCUCAAUGGUCAAAGCAGCUUAUGAAUCCAUUGAUUUUGACCUGCAUAGUGGAAGUCAUCCUCGCCUGGGUGUUGUUGACCAUAUCUGCUUCCACCCUCUGGGUUCAACAUCUCUAGACCAAGUUGCCAUCACUGCCAAAGCUCUUGCUAAGGACGUUGGUUCCAUACUUCAAGUUCCUACCUACACAUACGGAGCGGCUCAUAAAGAACAAAGAUCACUGGAUGCCAUCAGGAGGGAACUCGGCUACUUCAAGCCAAAUGCAACUGGACAUCAAUGGUCAGGUGGACUACAGUCAGCAGUUCUACCACUUGAACCAGAUGAAGGUCCAGUCCAAGCGGUCAAAGCCAAGGGUGUAGCUGUCAUAGGAGCAACCAAAUGGGUCGAUAACUACAACGUCCCUGUGUUCUGCACCGACAUUAGUACGGUUCGCAGAAUUGCAAAGAGGGUAAGUGGAAGAGGUGGUGGACUUGCAUCUGUUCAGUCAAUGGCUCUGGUUCAUGAUAAUAAUGUUAUUGAGGUGGCUUGUAAUCUGCUUGAACCAAGUGCGGUUGGUGGUGAGCAAGUUCAGGGUUUGGUUGAACAACUAGGAACCGAGGCGGGUGUGAGCGUUGGGAAAGGGUAUUUCACUGAUCUAUCUCAGGAUGACAUAAUUCAAGCUUACUUCAAGUUGACUUCUUCUUGACCAGUUUCAUGUCACUUAUAUGGUUUCUUCAUUCUUGAAUCUUCACAUUUAUGGACAUAAAUGUAUAACCAGUUUAUUUACACUGUAAAUUUAAACAAAAAGCAUUAUAUUCAUAAUA